AUGAACUCUUUAUAAAACAUUAUAAUAUAUGUACAAUAGAAGACCAGAUUUAGAAAUAAAAGCACAUUUUUUUAAUUAGUUAUAAUAGAUAGAAACUAGAUUAUAAAAAUUAGGAUAUGGAGCAAAGACUUUUAAUUGGCAAGAAAUAUAUAUAUAAGGAGAUAAUGAUGAAAUAAUAUUGAGGAAUACUUACUUAAAUUCUUAGGCUUAAGGUGUAGCAGAAUUUAAGGAUAAUAAUUCUAACUUAAAAGAAUACAAGUUUAUUUUUUAAUUUAAUUAGAUUAAAAUUUGCCAAUAAAAAACUAUGUAUAUACCUCCAUAUGAUAAAAUAAUAUUCUCAAAAAGUAAAUCAAUUUUUAAAGUUAUUAAAUCAAUUAUUAAAGAUUCUGGUUCUUCAAAAUAAAUUGAUCCAGAAUUUUAGUUACCUUAACAGAAACAAUAAUAAAAAUCUAAUUAUGAAUUAAGUACAUAAAUUCAUGAUUAAUUAAAUCAAAAGCAAAAAUAAAUUGAUAUACAAAAUUAGAGUCCUUUGUAGAUAUCUCCAAUUUAGCCUUAAAGAUCAUAAUCAGUAUAAUAAAUUUGUAAAUUCAUUCAAAUAAUUUAGAACAUAAUUUCAUGGAUUCAAAAGAUCAAUUAUUAUUAAAAUCUUAAAAGUAAAAUUAAUAAACAAUUACUGAAGUACGCCGUCCUUAAACAGCUCCAAAUUAAUUAAAAGCUCCCAGAAUUUAAACUACUCCAUAUAAAGGAAAAAAAAUUUCAGGUUAUAGAAAUGAAAUAGGUUUAUAACCUAAUUCUUAAUUUAAACCUAUGAAAAAAAGAACAUAAUCUCCUAAGGCAGUUUAUAAAGUUAUAAAUCCAUAUGUUUAAAGAUAAUUUAAAGUAAAGACAUUCAAAAAAUGA